GGUACAGUGCUAUGGAGUGACAGGGAAGGAAGGAUAUGGAUGGAUUCGUCGCGUUUAGGUCCUGUUAUCUCAUUUGCAGCGAUUGUGACAAAGCUAAGUAAGCUUUGAGCAAAAAUGGCGACCACAUUUAAUUGAAAGUGACACUUGCUUUUGGCUACUCUCCCUGCUGGCUGCAACCAUAUGAUUGGCGAGGCAAAAAAAUAUAAUCGAUAUUAAGCUGCCCUCCUGAAUUGCCACCCAGUCACGCCUUGAUCGGGGGACAGACAACAAGAGUGAAUCAUCUUCCCUAGAAAGUUGCCGGCUUUUAGACUCUCGAGAGAUUCAACUUCACUCACCAUGUCUUCAACCAUAUCAUUGCUCAAAAAGCGCUUUUUGGGCGGGAAAAGUCCUGCCAAAUCUAAUGAGGGAGACUCUAGUCCAUCCAAUUCCCUAAACAUUGGGAUUCCAACCAAUGUCAAACGACUUCAUCACGCCGAAGACGAUGGCAAGAUCAUCAAGGGCUUACCACCCGAUCUGCAAAGCAUCUACGAAUCUAUGACGACCGUGGAAGAACGGCAAAACCCGGACACCGAAGCCAAAGCCCAAAAUGUGAUCAUGUGGAUGAAGAAGGAGGAAAAGAACAAGGAUAACAAUUUCAUCCGCGGGGACUUUCUACCCCCGGGGAGCUCGGGAGUUUCGCUCUCAUCGAUCGAUGAGGAAGAUGUGACAUCGCCUAACGUUUUGAUCGACGGACAAAGUCAGUCGGAAUGCGCCCCUCCCACCUCUUUUCAAUAUGACGCACAAAAUGCCAACCAAAGGAGUGGAGAGGAGAGAAGUCCCCCACCCCCAGUGGACAACUUAUCCCAUCAGCUCACCAAUACAAAUAUUGAGAACUCGAAGGCUUGUGACGCAUUAACGCCGAUUGAAGUGAACGAUAAUAAUGCUCCGUCAGUUUCGCACGAGGGAGAAGCCACCUUGAGGCGUAAGAGCAACGGAAGUUACGGGCCACGAGUCACCCGUAAUAUCUCUGAAGAGGAUACUCUUUCUGAGAUGAAAGCGCUUUGCACCGAUCGGGAUCCUUCGGAUGUGUACGACCGUGAUAUCGUUUUGGGUUCCGGUGCGGCGGGUACCGUGUUUUUAGCCAAGCACAAACAGACUGGCCAAAGGGUUGCCAUCAAGAUCAUUGAUCUACUUAAACAGCCUAAAAAGGAGAUGAUCCUUAUGGAACUCAAGGUGAUGAAUGAACUGCAGCAUCCCAAUCUAGUGAACUACAUCGAAUGUUUCCUGGUCGAAGAUGAUCUUUGGGUGGUAAUGGAAUAUUUGGCUGGGGGGCCUUUAACGGAUGUUGUAACGGAGACGAUUAUGAAAGAGGGACAAAUUGCUGCAGUCUGUAGGGAGGUGUUACAAGGAAUUGCCUACCUUCACAGUAAAGGCAUUUUACACCGCGAUAUCAAGUCGGACAAUAUUCUUCUGGGCAACGACGGUACUGUCAAGAUAACCGAUUUCGGAUUUUGUGCUAAUGUUCAAGGAGACGAAAAACGGAACACUCUGGUUGGCACACCUUAUUGGAUGGCACCGGAAGUAGUCAGUCGAAAGCAUUACGGUAAAAAAGUGGACGUCUGGUCCUUGGGCAUAAUGGCGAUUGAGAUGCAAGAUGGAGAGCCGCCAUACCUUCACGAAACGCCACUCAGAGCUCUAUUCCUAAUUGCCUCUCAUGGGCGGCCAGAAAUCGCCGGUUGGUCUAAAAUGUCGCCCGAUUUUCAAAAUUUUCUCGAUUGUUGCCUGCAAGUGAACGUAGAAGACCGGUCAAGUUCACAAGAUCUCCUGAGUCAUCCAUUUUUUCAGAAGACUUUAGAACUAAAAACAUUAGUCCCUCUAAUUCGUGCUGCUAAACGUGAGUUGAGGAAGCCCAAUAUUGAUUAAGAUUAUUCAAUUAUUGACCUCCCUUGAGUCGUAACCUCUUUGAGCAUCCUCAAUCAAGCACUCCCAGGACAUGUAUUGAUUUUAAAUAAUCUUUAGGACUAAAUGUAGGAUCUUCCAUGGAAUUUUCAUGGCUGAGACGUUAUGAAUGAUUAUUUGAAAAAUGAAUAAAGUAUGGUAGUUGAAA